AUGUCCGCUGCCGAGUUAACCGCUGGGGAAGGCUACGACGAGUCAAAUGCGAUGAAGGCCGACCCGCAUGCCAUAGAUGUGUAUCUAGCGGUCGGGUCUGUGAUGGAUAUGGCAUUUGGGGCGGUGGGGGCAACUAUUACGCGCGUCGAGCUCACGCAGUACAACGUUGCCGGUCCAUUUUACCCGAUGGCCCAACAUGAGCAAUAUUUCCUCGAGUGGUAUUUACACCGGGCGGCGGUGAAAGUCGCUGGUGUCUUUCCGUCUACGUUUUGGGAGUCACUAGUCCUACAGGCAAGUUCCCGGGAGCCAGCCAUAUUGCAUGUCAUUCUGGCCCUGAGCGCGGCACACAAACAGGGGAUGCAGGACCCUCUUUCCUCGGAUGUCGGUAACUUCACCGUGGAUGAACAGCAGAAAUUCAUGUUUCAGCACUAUAUUAAAGCGAUCCGAUAUCUCCAGCCGUUCCUGUCAACCCAAACGCUCGAGUCAAUGCAUGUUGCUCUGAUCUUCUGCUUAGUAUCACUCUGUUUGGAGGUGACCCGUGGCCAGUAUGCUACUUGUCAAGUUCACCUACAGAGCGGGAUGAAGCUACUCAAGGAGAUUGCGGAUCACUCUCAAGCAGGCGAUAGGGACAUUAUCGUCCCGGGACCGGUCUAUGAGUUUCUGAAUGAUGACCUUAUUGGAGCAAUAUUUCGCCUCAAUAUAUAUUCGGCGCUUUUCGGCCAUCACUUCGAGCAGCGGUACUUUGUUCUCUGCGGUGUCGCCAGUGAGCACUUACCAGAGACCUUCAGUUCCUUGAAACAAGCUCGGAAGCACCUGGAUGGAUUACUUGGCGACAUUCAUUUCCUGUCGGAGCAAUAUUACCUUAGGGAGAGCCAGAGUAGUUCUAAACCUCUCUCUGAGCUAUCGUGCCAUCAAGAAAGAAUCCAGGCAGCCCUUGUGGCUUGGCUAAGGACAUACAAAGCAUCCCGCACUCAUUCUGAGGCGGUUCCGGAGUCUCGAGAUGCUCUCGCUGAUCAGCUCCUGCGGGUCUAUCAUACUAUGGCAACAAUAAUGGCUUCCAGUGCUAUGCCGUCGGCUGGCGAAUUGACCUUUGACCAGCACACAGAGGCCUUCAACUCCAUGAUUGUCCAAAUACUUGACAUCUUAAAAUGCGCCUCCGCAAUCACUGCGUCCCACCUCGUAUCCGGGUAUUGCACGCAAAGAUUUAGCUUUACUGCCGAUAUGGGAAUCAUUCUUCCACUCUACUAUACGGCUAUUAAGUGCCGGGUCCCCCGGAUUCGGCGCCAAGCCGUCGAACUAUUGCGGUUCCACACACACAAGGAAGGUCUUCUGGACGGGCAACUGGCUGCUCGCAUUGCAGAGGAGGUUAUCACCGCUGAAGGAGGGAGCUUCUUUCAACAUAUGUUGUUCGCUGACAGUUUGCCCGUGGAUAGCAUUCCUAGCAUAGAAGACUUGGCAGUGCCAGUACUGCCCGAGACGAACAGAUUAUGUAGGGUACAAGUCGUGCUACCCAGUGAGCGGGCAGACAAGGUUGUGAUCUUCCUUACACGGAGGAUGGAGGAGGGAUGGUAUGAGACUAUCCAGAGGGAAUGCUAG